UUGACCUUCAAGUGCUCGCAACCACCUUCAGUGGACGAUACCCCUGGGGCGUAGCCGAAGCGUGUGGCUCACACACAAGUGUCUAAUAAGCGUGUUCGAUUCUGUCCAACCAUAAUUGUCUUCUGAGCAGUAGCUGUGAAUUGUUAAACCAACUGUUAAUUAAUUAUGAUAUUAGAUUGAGCAUAAUGUACUAGGUAAAUUAGUUGUGUGACCAACAACUACCUGAUAGUUUAGUUAUUAUACUAGUACAGUAUGAUAGUAACUAAGUUCUAUGGCUUUAUUAUGUAAACUAUCUUCAUAUUUUUAUGCAACUAAUAUGAUAGACUGACUCAUAAACCCAAAUACAUAUAGCAAUGACGGCUAUAACUGGUUUAGUUAAUAACGUUAAAGGCGACUCAAAUGAUUGUUAAAUUUAAAAUACAUAGAAAUAUAAUGCAGCGCAUAUACAGGUCAGGUUAACGUGCUAGUUAGUUAGGAAUAUGACAGUUUAGAAAUAUUAAACUUGGCUAGAAAAGUUUUUGAAAGUUGAGACGACUUAUGGAACUAUAGUUAGGAAUACGACGAAUUACGAUAUAGACUUUUCAUAAGAAGUUACUGUAGUUGGUUUGUGACGUUUAUAAACAUGUGGCAAGGGUAAUUGGAACUAAGGAGUACCAAAUAAUUUUUGAAUCUAAUACGUCUCGUCUGUAAACACUUUUGUGGUAGUAUGUAGUAUAAAGCUAUUAAAUAUAUCUUAUACCAAAAACGUCUUGGGAGUGGUUUGUAUGAAAUAUAUACGGUUAGACUAAGUGAAAGUAUAUACAUGUUAAGUACCAAAACAGUUGGUGACAUUUCAGACUUCUACCAAUUGAAAUGGUUAGGAUAUGUGUAAGUUACCCCGAGCUACCACUUAUAUCAACGUGCUGUACUGACUAGUUCAAGAUUAAAUCGAGAAACGACUAGAAAUUAUCAGCCGAAGCAUCAUUAGCCAUUAUUGACUUUUUCUGAGGCUUAUUGAGAAAUUCAAAUAAUCCGAUAACUGUCUGCUACUUGACUGUGAUCAAUGAUAAUGUUAAAUAGAAACAAUGAUAACUAAUUUUUCUACAAAGGAUAUUACUUCACUGUAUAACUUUGGAUAUGAAGCAUCUUUAGCUUCAUAACACAUUUACUGAUCAAUGUUUUUGGUAUUGCUAAUUCUCGAUCAUCAUUUCAAGUGUCUAGGUUUGUGUUUCUUGUAAGUUUGAGAAAUUAAUAUCAUGUAGUUUACAAGUGCACUGAUUAAAUCCAACAAUUUGCAGGUUUAUGGGCUCAUACUGAUAAUGCUAAUAACAUUACUGAUUUUCUCAGAGCGAAGUAAUUAUAGUGGAUCGGAAUCUCUGGAAUCCAGCAGUUGUUUGUCAUUACUCUACAAUGUCAAACACAUCAUGAAUACAGCUAGGACAAUUGUUAGUCUGAUUCGUAUAUUAUAAUUGUUGCAAUUUGAUGUUAGAUUUGUAAGUAAAUUUUAUUUGGAACCUAGUUCUAAUUUUACAGUUUAUAUCUUAUCAAGUUGAUAAAUAUCUACUAAACCGAAUUCUCCAAUAAUUUAUUUUGUUCAUACGUUUCCCCCCCCCCCCAGCUAAUAGGUAUUCCAAUUAUUACAACGUCUAAGUCCGAUUAUGUGUUCUAUUCAUUCGUUCACAACAAAUCAAAUCGAGAAAUUACGUGAAUCUCUUCUUCUUUGGUAUGACAGAUCCAAACGUGAUUUGCCAUGGCGUCGAAUGGCCUUGAAUCCAGAUCCCAAUUUACGCGGUUACGCUGUUUGGGUAUCGGAAGUUAUGCUUCAGCAGACUCAAGUAAAAACAGUUAUUGAUUAUUAUGAUCGAUGGAUGAAAAAAUGGCCUAGUGUUGAUCAACUAGCCUCGGCUUCGUUAGACGAUGUCAAUUCUCUAUGGUCUGGACUAGGUUAUUAUUCCAGAGCUCGCCUACUACAUAAAGGAGCGGAAAAGAUUGUCAAUGAAUUUAAUGGUAUUUUCCCUCAAUCUGCCGAGGUUUUAAAGCGUUCGAUACCUGGUGUUGGACGUUAUACAGCUGGAGCGAUUGCAAGUAUUGCGUUUAAUCAGUGUACUCCUGUUUUGGAUGGAAAUGUAAUUCGUGUUCUAACACGUUUACGUCAAAUUGGUUCCCCUGUACAAUUACCUACUUCUAUGGAAUAUUUAUGGAAUUUGGCAACUAAGCUAGUCGAUCCUGAUCGACCUGGAGAUUUUAAUCAAGCUUUAAUGGAAUUAGGUGCAGUUUGUUGUACACCGAAAAACCCUGAUUGUAUGAAAUGUCCACUUAAUAAAGUUGGUUUAUGUGAAUCAUAUAAACAGGCUAAUGCAAGCAAAAGUGAUUACAUUUCAACUGAUCUUGAAGAUUGUCAUUUGUGUAUUAAUAGUAGUGUUUAUCAAAAAAGUCUUGGAGUAAUGAAUUAUCCUGUGAAACUUAGCAAACGUGAACCUCGUAAACAAAAUACAGUUAUUCUAAUCACACAUACUUCGAGAAAAGAGAAUGAAGCACUAAAAAAUUACUACCUACUUUUACAACGACCUAAAACAGGUCUUUUGGCUGGUUUAUGGGAAUUUCCAAGUUAUACUAUUGAAGAUGAUAAAUUGACGAGUGAAAUUCAACAAUCAUUUAUUCCUUUAGUUAUUGAUCGAAUUACAAAUGCGUUGAAUUCCUCACUGAAUAUAACUUCAAUUAAUGAAUUAAAUGUGAAACCUAUUGGAGAGGUUCUACAUAUUUUCUCCCAUAUACACAUGACGUAUAUUGUAUUCGAGUUGAAAGUUGAACAACAACAACAACAAACGAUUCCUUCUGAGUGUUUAAACAAUUCUAAUACUACUACUACUACUACUACUACUACUACUACUUGUGAUUGGCCGCCAAGUUUAAAUUCCGGUCGAUGGGUUAGUCGUGAAGAUUUAAAUGACUCGGCUAUAUCCACUGCUACUAGAAAGGUAUUUGCUCAUUUUGAAAACUCCAAAUCAUCACAUUCUGAAGUUGAUAGAAAUCAACGAAAAAUCAAAAGAACCUCUACAAACAAACAAUUAUUGAAUUCUAAACAAUCAAAAUUAGAUCAUUUCUUUCAUUAG